GUGUUGUUGCUGGGUGGAACAGCGUAAUGCUGCUGCUGCUCCUGCUCCAGCACUGUGAUGUUUCUGUUCCAGAUUGUGCUGACUCACAUCCAAGAAAAUAUGAUACACAGAUAUAAUGCACUGUAACUCUUUUCCUUCCCCCCGUAACCUCGAAAGUUUCUGUAGCUAAUGCAUUAAAUGGCUGAGAGAGCAGCUGUAAUAUCAAGAGAUGAAGAGGAGAUCCAAAACAGCAGUGAUGAUGAAGACAGGUUUCCUACUCAAGUUGCUGUAACAGCAUCCCCUGGUUGCUCUGCCAGCCCUUCACAAGACAGCCUUGAUGAAGACCAGGGAAGCUCAGCAGAGCCAGAAAGACUGUCUGUCCUCUCCAGCAGGGCAGUGGCCCAGCUAAAAGCCCCGACUGGCCCAGAGAUGGUUCGUGGUGACCAGGCACAGACAACAGUCCCUGGGCUGGCUGAGCAUCCUCUGGCAGCUGUAGAUGCAUCCUUGGGUGCCUCCUCAUGCCUUGCAGCAGUUGAUAACCUGCUGCCUGUGCACCUUGCCUCCUUGUAUGACAAAAGCCCCUGCUGUGAUGGCAAACUGAGCUCAGAGGUGCUGCAGGACCUGAGGGUGCCCGGUGAGGCCCUGCAGGCAUGGACUGGCACCCAGCAGGCAGGGACUGGCACACAGCAGGCAGGGAGCAGCACCCAGAGGAGCAUGGCCUCCUGCAGUUUGGGCCAUGUGAUUUGGAUGAAGACCACAACAGUAAUGGAGACCUUAGAAAUGAAGAAGAAGGAGGAAAAGGAGAAGUACCGGCUCCAGUUAGCAAUGUACCGACGGCUCCUGCUGCUGCGCUCCAUCAGGAGUUUGCACAGGCAGCUGGAGCAGCAGCAGGCCAGGCUGCAGGAAUGCUAUGGCACGGUGAUAAAUACAAAGAAAGAAGUGUUGAAACACAUUUGCCCAACCUCACCCUCACCUUCGCCGUAAUCAUGUUGCUGCCUGCAGAAAUGAGCUUUGCAAUGCCACCCGAGCCGCCUUGCAUGCCAUCAGGGUGGUGUCUUUGUGUGUGCCAAGCAGAGAGGAAACAGCAGCAGCAGCAGAUCAAGAUGAGAGGAGAGAAGGUAGAGCCUUGGUCCUUGAAUUUAUUUGGAGGAAAAAGAAGCAAGGAUGAACCUGUGCAAGAAGCUGGCUCCUGAUUCCCAUUCAAAGCCUCAAGGUGGAAAAGGAUUUUUUUGGCAGAUAGGUUUGUAAAAAGAAAAAAGUCACCACAAACUGGGAACCUAGUUUGUCACCUGACCCAUAAAGGAUGCAAAGUUGCUGCCUGCUGGAUAUGUAAUAUGGCACAUCUCCCUUCUACUUUCAGAGUCAACAAAAUUUGAACAGAAUUAGGGUUUAUUUAUCUACAAGAAUAUCCGAAUUUAAAAACCAGGAUAUUUGAAACACUUAGGCUAAGGCUUGAUUAUAUCUACCUAGCUGCCUGUUUUUCACAAAACUGCUAAGGACACUGUAUGUUUGCCACCUCUACUUUCCUUUAAAAUUAAUUCAGAUUGAUCAGAAAUUAUUGUGGAAAGGUAGGACAGCCAAACACACACAGGGAAAGAGCGCAAAAGCCUAAGUCUGAUUUCCUCAGGAAAGUAAUGUAAAAACAAGGGCCUUGUAGUCUGACGUUGCACUGGAAACCCAGGCUGGCAGUGCCAGGGGAAUGUUCAAGGUCUGCACAAUUAUUAAUCUGCUGCUAAUUCCCAAUGGCACUAGCAUCUGCAAAUCAAGCAUAUUUUGUGCCUUACUGCUGUCAUUUAAUGGAAGCUGGUGACAAUUAGCACUUUUUAUCCAGGUGUAUCAGACAUGUGGAAAACCCUGGAGCGCUGUUUCUCCAAUUGCAAGGUUAGGAUGCCUGCAGGGAAUUUGAUGUCAGUAUGCAACAAACACGCAGGGAAAACAAAAACAAAAAGAUGCAACUUUCUUGUAUGCAUUUAAAAGGCAAAUGUGACUCACUAUUAUUGAACAGCAAAUUGAAUAGUUGAAUGCGCUGUUUUAGGAUUGGAAGCAAAAUAUGAUUCAAGAAGAAAAGCUACAGAAAAAUUUCCUAUUCUCUGAUUUCAAGGGAUACAGAAAUAUCUUUAUUCCCACAUAUUUAUUUCUGAUCAUGCCAGAUUUCCUUUCCCCCUAUUGUUUUUCCUUUUUUAAUAUAAUUGAUUAUCUAGAUGAACAAUCAAACAGGUGUUGUGUGGGGUUUUUUCUGCAUAGAAAGACAGGUCUGCUUUUAAUCAUCCUUUAUGAAAAUAAUAUGCUAUAUAGAGGAAAAAUUUUAUUCUCGCAUUAUUUUUGAUAUAUAUACAGGGAGGGGUAUGUGCUUGUUGGUGUAUGCAUGUACACACACCUCCCUGUAUUCAAGAAGCUAUGAAAGGCUGAUGCUUCUUUUCCUGUAGCAGAAGCAGGAAUAAUCUCUCAAAAUAAUCUCUGCUGUCUACAAGGAGUUUGUUUGAUUAGAUUCACAUGCACACAUCUGUGAGCAAGGUAUUGAAGUAAUUCAACAAAUGAAGUGCAGCACAACAUUGUCAUUAUUCCGUCUUUGUAUUUCUGUGCACCCAAAAAUUAUGGAAGCCCCCUGGGUAUGCACAACCUUAGAUAGGUUCAUUCAUUUCCUUGGGCCCUUGUGUAGCCUCUCAUGCAACACGAACCAGUAACUUUGAAUGCAGAAUUACCAUAGAAACAUCCUUGGCAUCAAGGAGAUAUUUGAAGGAGCGUCCUCUACUGCCUCAUUUGGGGAAUUCAGGUUGCCAGAGGCCUUUAGUGGGCUACAGAAGAGAGCUGCUGGUCACAUGUGACUGGGAAACAUUACUCCUGAGCUCUGAUCCCAUCUCGCUCUCUGCUCAGCCUUGGGAAAGCUGCUCUCUCUCAGCAAUGCAGGUUUCCUAAAGAAUGCUUAAAUACUAAACUUGCCUCAAAGGUAACCUGUUCUUUCUUCAUGCCCCUCUAAAGAAGGAUUCAAGGGGUUGAUCAUGGUCAAGAGUCCCUCGUGAAGAUUUUUUAAUUUCUUUCCCCCCAUACUUCUUGAACUAGAAAAGCCUUUUUGUCAUUGUUAAGAGUAAGUAUUAUAUGAACCAAACACAAGCAAAUCACUAUGAUAUCACCUCCUUUGGGCAAAGAUAUAUGGGAGAAGGGUCACAUCUCAAAAAUAUUGCUGCAUUUUGAAACCAAAUGUCAAAUUGUUCCCUUUAGGAAGACAGUCAAAAUGAAUAUUUUUGUUAAUGUUAGCCAACUUUUCUUUAGAACUGAAAAAAUAAUUAUCUUUUAAAGUGCAUUCAGGUUGACUAACACUAUCAUGUAACUUUCUACUGAGAUAUAAUAGAUCAAUGAAAAUAUCACCCCACUCCACCAAAAUACAAAAAAACGCCGUUAAAACAAAGUAACUGUUUUGCCUCAGUAGCUGCUGAAGUAGAGCACUGUUCUGCAUUUGCUGCAAGAGUGCCCUACAUUACUGCACAGAGCUACCUAUAGUGUCAUAUUUGCAUACCUAUAGUGUCAUAUUUGCAUUAAGGAGUGACUAGAAUAAGAUUAAGAAAUGCAUUUUACAUAAGAACUAGUGCAGAAAUAGUUAGUCUGUCAGUCUGUCCAACUAUAAAUUCUUUGCGGCAGAACAGUGAUAAUCUUUGUUUUGUACAACAUCUCAUAAAAUUUCUUGAUCCUAACUGGGAUCUGUAGAUGCUUCUGCUUUAUGAAUAUUAAAUACUGAAAGAUUUGUGCAUGAGCAAUGCUGUCUGAUAGCUGGCAGGAAAAUGAAGCCAGGAGUUAUUCUGUGUGUGCACACUCCUUCCAUGUAGUACUUCUAUGGAUACAAGCAAAAUAAAUAUUAACUGAGGAAAUAACUUCAGUCUUUGCAAGAAUUUGCUUUUCAGCCAGUGCUUCUAGUGGUUAUUAAUAAGUGGAGUUGGACAAAACAGUUUAAGGCAAUAUGAUUUUUUAAAUUAGUUUAUUUUAGAAGCUUGGAAAAUGUGGCUUAGCAUACAAGGGCAUUUUCCUUGUAUGUUUUAGUGUAUUUUGGAAGUUGAAGGUCAGUGAGAAAGUUCCAGAAUGCCAUGGGUAACUCUCAGAGGUGUUUUCAGGCAUAUCAAACUGAGCAACAGUCUCAGGUUGAAUAAAAGUGUUUCCUCUCA